AUGGUCGACAUUUUUAAUGCCCCCAGUGACAGUGAAGAUUUUCCAGGGUUCCAAGAUGAUGCUUCCAGCCAGAGCUUGUCAGAGAACCACUAUGCUAGUUUUGAUUCCGCCGAGUCCGGAAAAAAGCAAGGGGUCCAAUUUCAGUCCAGAUACCUCACUAAAGAACUGCAGAGGAUUUUCACUGAAGACACUGACUCUGAAGCAGAAGUGUUUGAAGGCUUCACCUCAAGUGAGGUGCACGUGAACAAGAAAGAAGUUCUGACGGUGAAGUCAGACUUGAGUGAUGAAGAACGUGCUAAUUUAUUGAGCAAUGAGAAAGAAGAGGAGGAAGAAGCGAAGGAGAAAACUUCCCCCAAGAGAAGAAGCUUUGGCCUUCGUGUUGCUUUGCAGUUUCCCACUAGAAAGUCAUCUGAGAAAAAAGUGCCUGAACAGGCUUUGCCUGACUUACCUCUAAAGGACAGUGAACAGCAGUUCACACCUCUUUCAAAAGAAAUAAGCUGCAAGCAGUCGGACAAACUAGAGGGCUCUGCUUCAGAGUCUGAAGAAGACAUUAAAGAAACACAGGAUGAAAGUUCCAAUCCACUGCUUAAGAGAGCCAUAAAUAUAAAGGAAAAUAAAGCCAUGCUUGCCCAGCUGCUGGCAGAACUGAAUUCCAUACCGGACCUGUUCCCAGUGAAAACGCCCAGCGCAACUCCUUCGAAGAAAACACCAAGGAGGACAUUUUCUGAAGGCCAGAUAACACGUCGCAUGAACCCAACCAGAAAUGCUCGUCCACCAGAAAAAUUCGCCUUGGAAAAGUUUACGAUGUCAGCUGUCAGGCUGGCAGAGCACCUCCAUAGCUCUAGACAACAAAACCUCUUGAAGAGACUCAUGCGCAAAAGGAGGAGAUUAUCAAAGUAUUCGUCUUACCGUCCAGUAGAAGAUAUUACUGAGGAGGACUUGGACAACAUUGCAAUCACUGUUAAAGACAAAAUCUAUGACAAAAUUCUAGGUAGUACUUGCCACCAGUGUCGACAAAAGACAACUGAUACAAAGACAAUCUGUCGUAACCAGGGCUGUGGAGGAGUACGGGGGCAGUUUUGUGGACCAUGUCUUCGAAAUCGAUACGGUGAAGAUGUGAAAUCAGCUCUGCUUGAUCCAGCCUGGAUCUGCCCUCCUUGUCGUGGGGUGUGCAACUGCAGCUACUGCCGCCGGCGGGACGGGCGCUGUGCCACUGGCAUGCUCAUCCACCUGGCCAAGUUCUAUGGCUACAACAAUGUCAAGGAGUACCUGGAAAGUUUACAAAAACAACUGGCGACUGACAAUUGAGAACACUGAACUCAAGCUGUGCCUGCAACUGGUUAAUUUGCUGACGUAUUUUGACUUCAAAAGUAUAUUACUAUGUUUUAUAUAAGAUAGAAUCGUAGUGUAUAGUAUAUGCAUUUCUGUGUUGGGAACUCUUUGAGUGAUGUGGUCUUAUGCAAAAGAUCUCUCAGGAAAAUGUUUUGGUAGAGAAAUCUACAUGCACAGACCUAUAUGUUAAGUGAAAUGGCACUCUUGAACCUUGAGUGGUUAAUUUUUAAUAGGACUACAUAGCCACACGAUGGAGAACUU